UCGGCAGGGCCAGGCAGGGGAAUUCGUUCUUGUGCGCAGAAUCCAACCUUUAGAGGCCAAGGAGGUUCUCAAAUGUGACAGGUCGACAAAGCGAAAAAGUAAACAUGGCAGAGAAACGGAAGACGAAGAAGAAAAGAGAGGAACUUGACGCUCCUUCCAAGAUUGACAAGCCAUCCAAAACUUGCUACACAGUAGCAAAGUGGCUUCGAAAAAAUGUACCUUCCAAGAAAACAAAAUUCCUCAGUCACAAUGUGGAGUAUUUCACAGGAAGCAAAGCGAUUGAUGCUUUGAUGGAAUCACAUUUUGCAGCUGAAAAAGAUGGGAAAGAACCUUUGUUUGCUACUCGAUCUGAUGCUGUGCAAUUCCUGAAUGAGAUGCUGGUGUUAAAAUUUUUCCACCGUGCACGCAAAGUUCCUGUGUCGGAGCAAGAGCUGAAGGCCAAACUGAAAAAGAAGGAGCCUGCAAAGAAAAAGGAGGACGAUGAGAGCAGUCAUACGGAGUGUGAACGAAAAGACGAAACUACAGCAACUUUGGAGGGCAAGGAUAAGGAAAAGGACAAAAAGAAGAGGAAAAUUCGCCUGGAAAUGCACAUGGAACAAGUUUUUGCAGACUGCCUGGAUGCUUACGUCUGGAUUUACGACCCCAUUCCAGUUUACUACUGGUUUUUUGGAAGUCUUCUUGUUGUUGGAGCUAUUGCAAUCUGCCUAUUCCCUCUCUGGCCACCUGUUGUUAGGAAAGGUGUUUACUAUCUGAGUGUGGCUGCAGCUGGUUUCUUGAUCUUCAUCAUCGCUCUGGCAAUUUUGCGAGUUCUCGUUUUCUGUCUCUUGUGGGCAUUGACGUUGGGCAAGCAUCACUUGUGGCUUCUGCCAAAUCUCACAGAAGAUGUUGGGUUUUUACCGUCAUUUUGGCCUCUUUACCAGUAUGAGUACAAAGGUAAAAAAUCUGGAGACAAGUCAAAGAAGAAGAAAAAAGCUAAAGAUUCUGACGCUGAAGAGGAAGAAGAAACAACAAAGCUGGUGGAAGAGGAAAAUACUGGUGCUAAUGAAGGGGAGAUUGACAACAGUGCGAGCGAAUCUGAGAGCAGCCAAAAGUCUCAGACUGGAAAAGACUUUGAAAUGGUGGAGCACGAAGAAGUCACUUCGUAACAUUCUAAUCUCCAUGAAAACUUUCAUUUUGUAUUUAUUAAAUUUCUUCUUGCUCAACUGCUAGCCAUCAAACUAUCCUAUUCUGAGAUGCAAUUUUGGGUUGCAUAACUUUUCCGAUACUUCUCAUACCGCUACUAGUUAAUUUGAUUCAAUUUGUUGUGUAUUUACGUUACCACUCCCGACUUCCCUUCCAACAGUUUGUCCACAAUCAAUGAAAUUCCUAUGAUUUGCAUUCUCUGAUAACUUGAUUUUGCUUUUGCAUUUCCAGCCACUUCAAGUGUUGGGCACUCUUGACAUGCAAUUAGUGGAAUCAUUUUGUGAAUUUGACUAAAUAUUUUAUUAAAUACAGUAAAAUGCGAUGCAUAAUAUCAAA